UGAAGCAUGGCGCGUGGUACGACAAACAUAUUUGUUUCCGCCGUCAUUUUUAAAUUAGCAGCUGUUGGAUUUAUUAGUAGCGUUUUAUUUUCUUGUCCAGGAAAUUAGAUCUUUAAAUUCAAGAAGUUCUAGAUUUUAUCAUGUAUUAGGUGCGUUUAUUUAACAACUUUUGAAACACUGACUUUUUGACUGAUAUUCACUUUCCAGCUCUUACAUCUAUUGUCGUAAACUUCACCGCUUCGCAUAUUCAUAGAGAUUUCUAUCUAGUUCAUGUUUCCAAGCCCAUAAGCCAAGAAUCUGCACAAAGCUAAAGAAUGAUCCUUUAUGAACCAGUAAAAAACCUCGUGCUAUUAUUUACUUUCCUAAACCACUACAAGUCUGAAAUAUAUACAGGAAUAGUUGGCUUAGAAAAUGAAUCAGAUUACUUUGCGAAAUUUUGCUUCUUAUCAACUAACAGUUCAAUUCGAUUUGAGUUUGCUUUCCUCGAAGAAAUACUACCCUUAAAAAUGAAAACAUUUUGGGACUCUCCACGGAUGUGGUCAGCUGCUUCGCAAAGGCCUUUGGUUUCUUGUGCUAAACGACAAGCAUUACUGAAUAGUCUCUCCGCUAAUCAAUUAUUCCAUCUUGAUCCAUAUAUGGAUGGUUGGUGUCAAAGGAUUAGUUUAUCUGAUAAAAUUUAUAAUGAAUUAAUACAGUCAUCAUAUGAAGAAACAUCUAUUGAUUGGGUAUCAAUAAUGAAUAAGGUUAUUACUAAAAUUAGUGAAUAUUUUAAGAAAUCUGAAGAGUCAAUUGAAAUAAAAUUACCAUCAAAUAAUAUCACAUACAAUAUGACAACAGCAGCAUCAACACUUAUGGAAAUGAAUAAAACAGAAUCAAUCAAAACGACUGAAAGAAAAAAGUCAACAUUUUGGUUUCCUGAAGUGUUAAAAAUGGCUUGGUCCAAUUUUAAAUCGAAUAUUGACAAUGAUCAACAGUCAAUGGUUAUAAGUCAGUGGAUUUAUUGUCAAUCAGCAAAUAUUCCGUUAAUAGUUAAAAAACCAUCUUGGUGGUUUUUCACUUUUGAUAGUUGUAAUGAACCGUUAUUGAACAAUGAGAUCAAAUCAUUGCGUAAAUCACAGUAUACUAACAUAAGAAAUAAAAUUGCUUAUCGUAUAACACUAAGGAAUGGUGAAUAUGGUCAUUAUUUUCGAGAACACUUUUCAACACAAGAAUUCGGAAAAUUAGAAAUUGAUUUAGUAUUUUUCUUAUUCCUGGCAUGGUUGUUUUUCAUGGCCAACAUCUUGUUGUUUCAUCAUUAUCGUUCAAAUAUUCUACAUCCUACAGUAAUCCUAUGGUAUACAUCAGUUGGCCUACAUUUUUUGGCUCAAUUCAUUCAACUUAUUGUAGAUGUGAAUUUCGCUAAAAGUGGAUACUUUAAUCCAUUCAAUACAUCUUUAGCACAAUUUUUCUACGCUACUUCAAUCAGUUGCUUUUAUGCCAGUCUAUUAGUUUUAGCAAGUGGAUUUACAACAGUCUAUCGAAAUAUUUCACAUAAUCACAAGAUAAUUUUCUUAAUUAUCUCUGCUUCAUAUGCAUUGAUCAAUAUUACUUGUCAAAUAUCUAUGGUUUUGACACAUUAUGAAGUUGGCGUAUUUUCACGUUAUCAUUCAAAACCAGGAUAUGUGUAUGUAGGAUUACAACUAUUCAGUUUCAUUGCAUAUAUAUGCAUUUGUUUACAUACAUGUGUUAAAUGGCCUGAUAGACGAAUCUACUUUAUAAAAUUUAUUGCAGUUAGUUGUAUUUGGUUUUGGACUGUUCCAUUAUGGAUUAUAAUAUGCUUAAAUCAUGUUCAUAAUUGGUAUAUCGAAACUUUGAUUCAUGUCUGGGAUGAAUUGAUUCAUAUACUUGGAUUUAUUGUUAUGAUGAUUUUUUUAAGACCAGAAAAAACAAAUACAAUAUUCCCAUACUAUAUGAAUUCUAUUUGUAUAAAUGAAUCUAUUAACCCUAGUGAAGAUUGGCAAGUCAACCUUGUAACUGAAACAAUCAACACAUCAUCUAAAUCAUCGAAUACACCAGUUAAAGGUAUUGAAAAGAAAAGUGUUGAACAAACAGAUAAUAAAUUAACUGAAGUGAAAAAAAAGAUUCCACCUAAACGUCCAAAUCCACCAAGAUUAUUCAAUUUAACUGGUAAACCAGGUGAUAUACCAGCUCCUAGAUCUGGUAUCACUAGUGGUUUGUCAGAGUUGACUAAAAUAACUACUGAUACAUCGAAACGUCCACAGACAACACCAAAUCUAGCUAGUACAAGUAAUAGUCCACGAUUGAAACCAAUUGAUGAUAAGGCCAGCUCAAUACAUUAAAAUAUUAUACACUAAAUAUAUUAACAAAGUGUAGCCUUUAAUAAAAGCAUUUUUUUAAUAAAUAUUAUAAUUAUAUCAAAUCUAUUGUUGUUUUUUUUAACAACUUUACUACCGAACAGUAACAGUAUUCAAGCCUCUUUACCAUUGCAGCAAAACUUG